AUGUCCGACUCACAAUCCGACCAAAGCGAAAAUGAGAAGCCUACUCAAAAUCCCCAGAGCGAGGACGACUCGGGCGACAGCGAGUCCAGCAGCGACGAAAGCUCUGAUCAUUCUGAUGGUGGAGGACUUCUCGAUACCAUGGCCGCUGAUGACAGCGAUGAAGAGUCAAGUGACGAGGAAGACAACGAUAACGAAAAUGAGUACGAAUCAGAUCUAGGCGAUGAUCACUUCCCGAAAUUUGGAGAAUUACCGAUUGAAUUGCGCCAUAAGAUCUGGGAAUUAUUCUGUCCUGAGUUACGCGCCCGAUAUCGCGUUCUCGAUUUUAUUAUUUCUUACGGCACCACACGACAUCCCGAAGCAGCGAGCGCAUUUGUCUGGACUGUCCGCGAUGGUCUUGCGCUUGAAGAUCAAACGAGAAACUUGCGCACGGUUUUUGCAGUCAAUCAAGAUUCGCGCGCAUACGCGAAAAUGGCCUUCCCCGACUCUCUCAGCAUAGACGCUGGUGAUGGCGACGCAACAGUCGCAUUCAAUCGAAAGUCGGAUGUCAUCCUCGUCAACGGUCUUUCAUUUCCUGCUGGAAGGAAUGUUUUCCACUUACCGGGUUUCGCAAGCGAAGUCAAGAAUCUUGCGCUGGGAGGAACGGAUAUUCUCGACAAUCUGAGCAGUUUCCAUGUCCCUACGCUAUUGGACCAGUUCACCCAGCUCGAGUCAUUCUACGUCAGCGUUUCAAGCACGGAUUGUCAAAAAUCGACUUUGGGAUGGUGUACAUCCGAUCUUGUGAACCAUUACCAAACACAAACAUACGAAAAACAGCCUGGUCUCGGAGAAGAUUUACAUUUCCUGUGGUGCUGGCCCGAUCUGCAACGACAUCCCGACUUUGCGCGAUAUUCAAUCAAUAGAGAAUCUUGGGACAGUUUACCGGAGCCUCUCGGAGGGACAUUGGAGAGAAGAGGCCUCAAGGCUUGGCCUAUGGUUGCUUUUGAAUAUGAGCGCGGCCUACGACGUUUUGAGAUGUUGCAGACUCUUGGGCCGGACUUGGGCGACGACAGCGACAGUUCGGAGGAGGAAAGUGAGGAUGACGAUAACAAUGGACCGGAUUUGGAUCAAUACGAAAGCGACGGUAUCGACGAUGAUGAGAUUGUUGAGACAUAUGACGAUUCAGACGAGGAGGGCAUCUCAUUAGACGAAGCAUCUUCAAGACCUGGUCGACGACUGGUUCAGCGAAUUUCUGAUGACGAUGAGGAUGAUGAGGAUGGCGAAGGUGCAGGCGCAAACUUUUCGGACCCAGAGCCGGAUCCUGAACCUGAAGAGCCCGUGCAACGCGGUCGCAAGCGUCGCGUGGUGUCGGAUUCGGAUGAUGAGGAAGAGGAGGAUGUUCAGCCCUUGACAAAACGCGUAAGGGUAGUCGCCGACUCCGAUGAUGAAGACGAAGAGCCAGUUUCUCAAUCAGAGCGCAGCAAUAAGCGCUCAAGAACAGUCCUCUCCGACGACGAAGACGAAGACGAAGAACAAGGCGGCGUGGUGUCCAAACAACAAUCCGACAAGUCAGACAGCUCAUCCAGCAGCGAACAAUCAAGCUCAGAAGAGGACUCAGACCCAGAAGACGCUCCACCAAAACAGCUCUCCCUCGCAGAACGUCUCCGUCUUCAUCGUCAAGAAAAUCCCGUUGAAGAAGAUUCAGACGACGCAAGCAGCAGGACUGCAGAGGAAGAGUCCGACGAUGAAGAUGAUGAUGAUGAGGAAGAGAGAAAUCCGUUUAUGAUGGGUAUGGCUGAUGAGUCGGAUGGUGAAGGGGAGGAUUAUGAUGAGGAUGAUUAUUGA